AUGUGCUUAUCGCAGGCUUCGUCUUUGCCUAGCACUCACAUUGAUUGCGUGCAGACUAGGGCUAAGCUGGCCCUAACGUUGCCUUUUGCGCCCGUGUGGGUCGUCAGUUUUCAUUUUUUGUAUAAAAACAUGGGUUUCGGUAUGCUCUUUUAUCUCCUUAUCACCCUGAAGGACAUAUGUAUUUACUCGGACGACGCGACCGAGAAAGGAAACCAGGAGGAUCUUCAGAAACAGCAGUAUCAGGGUGGCCUCUUCGGUGGGUUGAGUGGUCGGGGCGUGGCGGCGCUCCUUGCUCGCCUUGGGGGUGGCGGUGGCGGCUCACUGUCCCUUCUGGGCGAGGGCGGUAAGCCUGUUCGUCUUCCCGCCAGCCUCAUGGCCGACUCGAAAGCUAAAUUCGGCCUCAAUCAGUUUGAUGUUGUGGUUAGUAAUCUCAUUAGUGUCAAUCGCUCCCUCCCCGACGUGCGACACCCAUCAUGUCGAGACAGUGACCUGGCGAAAAUGGCGGAGAAGUCGGGUCUAAACACGAGUGUGAUUAUCGUCUUCCACAAUGAGGCCUGGUCCACCCUCCUCCGCACCAUCCACUCCGUCCUCAAUCGAUCACCACCGAAAUUACUGCAGGAGGUUAUUCUCGUUGACGACGCUAGUGAUCGCGGUAAGUUAUUUUAUUUGAUGAUUCUACAUUUUGAUGACUACCUGGGUGCUAGCCUGGAGACCUAUGUGGACGCGUUGGGAGCGCGGGUACGACUGCUACGCUUACACGAGCGCUCUGGCCUCAUUCGGGCGCGUCUCGCGGGUGCAUGGGAGGCGCGGGGUAGCACCCUCACCUUCCUCGAUGCCCACUGCGAGGUAACCGUGGGUUGGCUGGAACCCCUCAUUGCCCACGUUUUCAUUAACCCUCAUUCCGUUGUCUGUCCUGCCAUCGAUGUCAUCUCCGACACUACCUUCGAGUACCUCCAAAGCACGGAAAAGACGUGGGGUGUAUUCGGUUGGGACCUCCUCUUCGACUGGGAUGUCGUCUCUCCCCGAGAGGAACUCAGGCGCCAUCACAACCCCACCAUGCCCAUUCGCACGCCUGCAAUGGCCGGUGGACUUUUUCUCAUUCGACGAGACUACUUCUAUAGAGCAAGUUACUCGUUUUCCUGCCCUCUAUCACAGCUGGGCGCCUACGAUGAGGGCAUGGAGGUGUGGGGCGGUGAGAACGUGGAGAUGUCGCUGCGCGUGUGGCAGUGCGGAGGCGAGCUGCUCAUCGUACCCUGCAGUCGGGUGGGCCACGUCUUCCGUAAGGUCUCGCCGUACUCAUGGCCUGGCGGUGUCACCCACGUCCUCCACCGUAACCGCGUCCGUACGGCCCGCGUCUGGUUAGACGAGUUCAUCGAGUUGCCCUUCACCCUUGACCCCUCUCUACGAACAUUUGAAUACGGUGAUGUGUCUGAGAGAAUUGCCCUCCGACGACGCCUCAAGUGCAAAAGUUUCUCCUGGUACCUCCGAAACAUCUUUCCUGAAUCCAACAUACGGCCACACAUCACACGGCUUGGCCAGAUACGGAACCCAGUUCACGAACUGUGCUUCGAUACUGGCGGUGGGCGUAAGGGUCAGAUGAUCGCCGCGGUGGCGUGUCGCGGUGUUGGUAGUGGUAGUGGUGGCAGUGCACAGCAGACCUUCUCGGUGUCCACAGCAGGCGAGCUGACUGCCUCUGUGGGCUGCUUGGGUGCACGGCACAUCCACGACAACCUCAUUCUAGGUCAGUGUGACGGUGACGCCGGUGCCUUCCAAAAGUUCGUCUACGAUGAGCAGACAAAGCAUAUCCUUCACGUCUACUCCAACCUUUGUGUUCGUGUGGACACAACACGGCGAGAGCUGCCCUUGUUUCUUGACAAUUGUGCCACAAGCGACGAAUUCGUUUGGGAAUUACCACCCCAUUUCUACAAUCAGACUUCCCGAACCCAAUAG